AUGCGCGUCUCGCAAGUCCUGUGGAUCAGCAAGAAGAGGGUGUUCGAGCUGUCGAAAGGGUUCCGCGGAAGGGCGAAGAACACGAUCCGCAUCGCGCGGAUCAGGGUAGAGAAGGCGCUGCAGCACGCGACGCGGCACCGUAGGGCGAGGGCGGGGGAGGUUCGAAGGAACUGGAUCCAACAGAUCAACGCGGGCGCGCGGGAACACGGGUUGAAGUACAGCGAGCUGAUUCACGGUCUGAAGGAGGAGAACAUCCACAUGAACCGCAAGAUGUUGUCCGACCUCGCGAUCAACGAGCCGUACAGUUUCAAAGCGCUCGUGGACACGGUGAAGCGCAUGAAAGGCGUGCCGGUCGUCACCGCGGCGGGGCCGAAAUAA